AUGAUCUCCGGCGGCUCCGUGGACUGCGCCCACACCCUCGAGGAGGCCGAGGACCACUACGGCAGGGGCGACCGCGCGACGGCGCGCGAGCUGCUGCAGUCGAUCGUCACGACAGACGUUGCGGUGGAUGACGGAGACGCGAUCCGUGCCAAGGAGCAGGCGGUAUACCGGCUGGCGGAGCUGCUGACGGUCACCAAGGACGGCGAGGCCGCCAUCCAGCUGCUCUCGGAUGUGCGGCCGUUCUUCCAGGUGCUGCCGAAGGCGAAGACGACGAAGAUGGUGCGCAAACUCUUCGAGCACAUUGUGCAGUGCGGCGUGCCGCUGAAGCAGCAGGAGGAGGUGUGUCUCGAGACCGUACACUGGGCGCGCAAGGAGCGUCGCACCUUCCUGCGCCACCGCCUGCAGCUCCGCUACGUGGAGAUUCUGUUCGCCGAGAACCGCAAGAGCGACGCUCUGGCGUCGCUGAGCGCGCUGCUCAAGGAGGUGCGCCGCUUGGACGACCGUACGCUGCUGCUCGACAUCUACCUCCUGGAGAGCAAGCUCUACUACGCCGUCAUGGAUAUCCAGAAGGCCAGGGCGGCACUCGUCUCGGCGCGCACGACGGCGAACAGCAUCUACUGCCCGCCUCUCUCGCAGGCGGAGAUCGACCUCCAGUCCGGCGUGCUGCACGCGGAGGAGAAGGAUAACAAGACCGCGUACUCUUACCUAUACGAAGCCUUUGAGGGGUUCCACCAGCUCGGCGAUCAGGCACGUCAGGCGCGCCGCUCGCUUCGCUACAUGAUCCUGUCGAAGAUCUCUACGGACAGCCCCGACGAGCUUGCGACGCUUCUCUCGUCGAAGAGCGUGCUGGAGUAUAAGGGCACCGACAUGGAUGCGCUGCGCGGCAUCGCAGACGCCUACAACAAGCAGGACACGCAUCUCUUCAACAGCAUCCUGUCCAAGUGCCGUGCCGAGGCGGAGGAGUCCGGCGCCGGCGGCAGCAACGACACGAACCUCCUCGCCGACGAGGUGGUGCGUCGUCAGGUCAAUGACAUGUACAACACGCUGCUGGAGCGGCACUUGUUGAAGGUGGUGUCGCCGUACAACCGCGUGCAGAUCGCCUACGUGAGCAACCUGCUGAGACUGGACGCCAUGGUGGUGGAGCAGAAGCUUUCUCAGCUCAUCCUCGAUCGCAAGCUGCGCGGCAUCGUCGAUCAGCAGCAUCGCUGUCUUAUCGUCUUCGACGACGAGGCCGCUGAGGCGUCCAAGCCAGGAAAGGACGGCAGCGAGGCGUUCUACGACAACGCCGCUGACGCCGCGGUGGACCAGGCGCCGACGACGCUCUACCAGGACGCGCUCACAGCGCUGGAGUGCUACAACACGCUCGUCACGGCACUUUUCGACAAGGUCAAUGGCAAGUUCGAUGGGCUCGUCGAGGAGAACAUCGCCAAGCACAAGGGCGCGAGGGCGAAGGAGGAGGACGAGGAGGCGAACCGGACGAACAAGCGGGGCGGCGUCGGCAGCGGCAAGGACGCCGCCGCCGACCGAGGCGGAAAGUCUGACAGUGGCAACAAGCAGAAGAGGCCUGGCGACAAGCGCAAGUGA